AUGAACGGAACAGAGAAUUCGUCCUCAAACUGCUCCAAUGCAAGUUCCUACAAUGACAACUGCUUAGACGACUUCGUCAAAGAUGCCAUCACUGCCCACGACGAUUUUCUCGCGCUUUUUCAGGGAAACGAAAUAGUUGGAACUUUCGACCUUCGAAAAGAUCUUCCACCUCACCUUUGCCCUCUUUGCCACUUUCUGCUGGUAGAUCCGGCGACGCUUCCGUGCGGGCAUACAAUCUGCAACAGAUGCAGUCGUUCUCGACGCUCCUGCUGGUGCGGCAAGGUCUUUCACUCGGAAGUCGAGUCUCACUCGAAAAGAAACAUCGUCCUAGGAAAUGCGAUCCAGCAAAUCUUCCCCGCCGCCAGCAAAUCUUGCGCGGACAUGAUCAAACUUCUCGACAGUUAUUCGAGCACGGGGCUUUUGCUGGAGGAAGCAUUGAAACUGGACAAACUCGUCGGAGUACCAAAGCCAUUUCUUCAAAAAAUCAAGGCGCGGCAUUUCAACGCGCACGGCGAUUUCCGCCUUGGAGAAAUUUACGCGAAAGAGUGUCUGGAAUCAGACCCAAUUCUCGCUUCUGGCUGGGCUCUUCUUGCUGAAGCUUUAGCUGGACAAAAUGAAUUGUACGCGGCUCUGGGAAGGUGUCUGAUCGCUUUUUGGCUGGACAAAGAUCAUCCCUAUUUAUUGAAUCUCUGCGAGCAGAUCUUCGCCAACGUCAAGAACCUAACCCGACCAACAGUAAUUUCCUCUCUGGACACAGCAAUCAAGAAUAGUGGAAUGGCCCUCCUACCUGCCAAACGUCCCAGACUGAAUAAUAAUUCUGAAAUCGAAAUCACGCAGAAUGGAUCAUCGGGAGAAGAGGUCGGAAAACUCUUUUGCGGGAAUUUCUCGUUUUCAAAAAGCUGCGAUCCUGUGCGAGAGAGUCCACCGACGAGCAAGAUGCAGAAUUUCGCUGACGAUACUUGUCUUGGAGAGUUACGCGCGGAAUUGUGCAACGAAGGAGUGAUCGAAAAACUGGAAUCGACUUUUAAGAACGAUCUGAAUCUUCCGCUGCAUCUUGGCGAUCUGGAAUGCCCUCUCUGCCUGCGCGUUUACUGGAAUCCAGAUGUGACUCCUUGCGGACACACAUUCUGCUCCGACUGUCUCGAGAGAACGCUCGAUCACGAUCCUAAAUGUCCCCUUUGUAAAUAUUCCCUUGCCGAUUUCACUGAAGCUCAGCGAGAUCAGCGCUGCUUCGACAAGCACAUGCAGCGCCUUAUCAAACGAUGGCUUCCACAAGACUUUGAAGAACGGAGACUUCAGGCGCUGGAAGAGGAAGAAGAAAUCAAAGCGAAAAUUCCAAUUUUCGUUUGUACCCUAGCGUUUCCAUGUGUUCCAUGUCCACUUCAUGUUUUUGAGCCCAGACACAGACUUUUACUUCGCCGGUGCAUAAGAAGUAGAAAUGGCGAGUUCGGAAUGAAUCUUCCCUGCAUCUCGCCGGGGCAAUUGCCCUUCGAACGAAACGGCACGCUCCUCAAAGUGCGCAAUACCGAUUAUUUCAACGAUGGUCGAGUCGUGGUUGAUUCCGUUGGUGUUGGCAGAUUCAAGGUGCAGAAUAACUUCACCAUCGAUGGCUACGAUGCUGCCACGGUACAGAGAGUCAUCGAUGUUCCUCCCAGAGAAGGGGAGAUGCAGAAACUUUCUACGCUUUCGAAUACAGUUUUCCAAAGAGCGCUUCAAUGGUUCGAAAGCUUGCCCGACGACCAAAGCCAAGCCCUGACCAGACAUUAUGGAGAAAUGCCUGAACGAUCUACCGAGCGACAGGAAUACGCCAAUAAUGAUGGCCCGGCGUGGACAUGGUGGGUGUUGGCGGUCAUCCCUGCAGAAGACCGAAUCAAACUACACGUGCUUGGGCAGACAAGCCUUCUCAACCGAUUGAAGCUCAUUUCGCGAGUGAUAACCUGUAUCAUCCAGUCGCAAUCCACCCAUUCUUCCUGA